UUUAUUUUUUUGGGGCGUUGAAGCCCAAGUCAAUAUUUAGGCCAUCAUGAGCAACUUUUCAUUUUGCGGAUGGUAGACACGAAUCAUUUCAUUUCAUUUCAUUUGACAAAAGGGCCAUAACGGAAGCCAUUCUUCCAGGCAAUACUGUAAGUUCAUUUCCACCAUUUUUGCUUCCCCUGUUUUCCUUUUUGGCAGGGGCUGUCACUUUUAGAGUAUGCGUGGCGUUGGAAGUGAGAGAGCUCCUCUUCUGGAUCGAGGAGAAGCAAGAAAGAGAAAUGAUUCAUCAGCGGAUGGUCAGUUAACAGACCUUGAGCAUGGAGAUGCUAUGCCGGCUGCAAAUGUGGGGUUUUGUAGGGUACUUGCACUUGCAAAGCCUGAUGCAGGGAAGCUGGUGAUAGCUACAAUUGCUCUCUUGAUUGCAUCCACAUCAAGUAUAUUGAUUCCAAAAUUUGGUGGAAAAAUAAUAGACAUUGUAUCAGGAGAUAUAGACACACCGAAACAGAGAGGUGAAGCUUUAAAUCAAGUCAAGAACACUAUACUAGAUAUCUUUCUGGUUGUUGUAAUCGGUUCAAUUUGCACAGCACUUCGGGCAUGGUUGUUUUCUUCUGCUAGUGAAAUGGUUGUUGCUAGGUUGAGAAAGAAUUUAUUCAGCCACCUGAUUAACCAGGAAAUAGCCUUCUAUGACGUUACUCGAACAGGGGAGCUUCUAAGUAGGCUGUCUGAAGAUACCCAGAUAAUAAAAAAUGCUGCAACUACCAAUCUUUCUGAGGCACUAAGAAGUUUGUCCACUGCAUUUAUUGGUCUUGCCUUCAUGUUUGCAACAUCAUGGAAAUUAACAUUGUUGGCUGUGGCUGUUGUGCCGGCUAUUUCUGUUGCUGUUCGUAAAUUUGGCCAGUUCCUUCGUGAUCUUUCUCACAAGACUCAAGCUGCAGCUGCGGUAGCUGCAUCUAUUGCUGAGGAAUCUUUUGGUGCUAUACGUACAGUGAGAUCUUUUGCACAGGAAGGUUAUGAAAUAUCUCGCUACUCAGCAAAAGUUGAUGAUACUCUACAGCUUGGUCUUAAACAAGCUAAAGUGGUUGGACUUUUUUCAGGGGGCCUAAAUGCAGCAUCAACGCUAUCAGUUAUCAUAGUUGUGAUCUAUGGAGCUAAUUUAACAAUCACAGGCUCAAUGACUGCUGGUGCUCUUACAUCAUUCAUUCUCUAUAGCCUUACAGUUGGAUCUUCUGUAUCAGGACUAUCAGGUUUAUAUGCCGUGACAAUGAGAGCAGCUGGAGCAAGCAGGAGGGUUUUUCAACUUCUGGAUCGCAUCUCAACCAUGCCUAAGUCGGGAAAUCAGUGUCCUCUGGGUGAUCAAGAUGGGGAAGUUGAGUUAGAUGAUGUUUGGUUUGCCUAUCCAUCUCGCCCCAACCAUAUGGUACUCAAGGGUAUAACCUUAAAAUUGAAGGCUGACUCAAAGAUUGCUUUAGUUGGGCCUAGUGGUGGUGGAAAAACCACUAUAGCAAACUUGAUUGAAAGGUUUUAUGACCCAAUUAAAGGAAAGAUUCUGGUCAAUGGUGUGCCUCUGGUUGAGAUAUCACAUGAACAUCUACACAGGAAGAUCAGCAUAGUGAGCCAGGAGCCUGUUCUUUUCAACUGUUCCAUAGAGGAGAACAUAGCCUAUGGAUUUGAUGGGAAAAUCAGCAUUGCUGAUGUUGAAAAUGCAGCUAAAAUGGCCAAUGCCCACGAAUUUAUAUCAAGAUUCCCAGACAAAUAUCAAACAUUUGUUGGAGAGAGAGGGGUGAGGCUUUCAGGAGGUCAAAAGCAGAGAGUGGCAAUUGCAAGAGCCCUUCUAAUGAACCCAAGAAUUCUUCUCUUGGAUGAAGCCACAAGUGCUCUGGAUGCAGAAAGCGAGUACCUAGUACAGGAUGCCAUGGAUUCUCUGAUGAAGGGAAGGACUGUUCUAGUGAUAGCUCAUAGGCUAUCAACUGUUAAAAGUGCAGACAUUGUGGCAGUUGUUUCUGAUGGACAGAUUGUUGAAAGCGGUACUCAUGAAGAGCUCCUCUCCAAGAAUGGUGUUUAUACUGCAUUAGUAAGAAGGCAACUGCAAGGAACAAAAGCUGAAAUUUAAUCUUCAAUGCCUACUUUUUCUACAAACAAAGUAUAGAGACGUUGAAUUCUAAAAAUAAGUCCAUACCAAUACUUAUAUAUGCAAUUUUGCAUUUGACCA